UGCUAGUUCGCUAUUGGCGGCAAUGCUUCGCUUCCUGGAAUCUGAGAUCCCAGAUGUGGUGCAAUCGCUCGCGCCACUGUCAGUCGGCCCGCCGGGUUUCCUCGAGGUGUCGUCAGUAGGUGUUCCAUGGCCUUUCGGGUUCAAGACGCACUUUGUGUUAAUUUGUUUUGGAUGGUGAACCAAUUUGAAAGGUACACUCGACCUUGCCAGUCGGAGCUGGCAUGGAGGUCACCGUUCUGGCGCCUCCAGUCAGAUGUCCGAGGCUCUGCAGAAGCGAUGGUCAGCUGGCACAUGGAUGUUUAUCAUACGGAGCAGUUGUUGAGCUCUGCCUGACGUUCGGGAUCGUCGUGUGCUCGGCGAUGCACAGCAGCGCCAGCUUCGAAGAAGCCUCCGCCUGGGUGCCGAUGGCGUCGCUCACCGUGGCGAACGCUUGCAGGAGUGGAGUGGCCGUCGUGGCGCAGCGUUUCAACCGUUGGGGGCCGGCUGCCGCCCUGUCCUUGCUCGUCGCCUCAUGCGCCAUACUCGUGUGGCACGUACUCAUCAUUGACAGCUUGCUGCGCUCGUCGCAACCUCACAAUGAUCAGAGCAAUGGCGCAGAAGUGCUGGCUUUCAUCCUGGCCUUGGCCGCCAGCGCGUUAUCCACCACCAUGUGGUACGCGGCCACGGGUUAUACACACAUCCUGACGGACAAGGGCGAGGACCCGCCGCCGAGGCCAGAGGUGGAAACGUUCGUGGUCCACGACGUCGGUUCGGAAUGUUUGGGCUCUAUCUGCGCCAUCUGCCUGGAAGAGUUCUCACCUGGCUGCCUUGCAGGAAAGCUGCCUUGCACUCAUGUGUUCCACGACCGUUGUGUGCGCAGCUGGCUUUACACCGGAUCUUUCCUGGCUAGGUGCCGGUGCCCAAUGCGUUGCCCAAACGAUGCAGGCGCAAACCAAGGCAGUCGCCCUCGUCAGAGUGAACCGUCUAUACUUCUUGAGAGUGGACGUUCCACAUUUGGAAGAGAGGUGGACUCCACAAUAUGGGUUGUGCCAUGGUAGCGGGGCGGGACUGAAGCCACGGCUGUUUGCGCUAAUCUAUAUAGGCGUCGUGCUGGAUCCAUGAAGGGUCGCACGGUUGAUGUUUUUGGCGCGGCUCGUUGUCAUUGAUCAAUUUUGUUUCGUUAUCGGCAGUGCCGCUUCUUAAUAGCAGCGGACGUUCACGCAGCACGGAGGUUUGAUUCUCGAUUGGUCCGCAUACCAAUCUCUUGCUGGGUGGUUCUUCGGAUAGAAUCUGCGUUCCUCUGACCGCGGCGCAGUAUUGAUGACGUUUUUGAACGAAACGGAAGACGACGUCGUCAAGUCUCUUACUUGUCCUGUUUCCCUGUGCGCAUCGUCUCCCCCGUGAUCGCCACCAAGCGCUGUCCUCGAGGUAGGCCCGUGUCAAGGGCAAUUGGAACCAAGCCUUCCAGGGGGCAUGGCUGGCCUUGGCGCACAUGAGUUGCUGCCGUUGGUCCUCUCGUUCUCCUUGCUCUUCCCCAGACAUCCGGGCGUGCCUCAAAAAACGAGACAUUGGUUUUCAUAGUCGGGGGCCCGUGUCUCGAAAAAUUCUGGACGUUGGAUGUCUGGGUCUGUCGCUCCUCAGCGGACAGAUGUUCACGCUGUAUCGCUUGCCAGGACAUGUCGGCCGAGGAGACCAGAGAAUUCAUUAACUCUGGGUUCCCUCGCUGCGCUGGCAUCUGAAGUUCAAUUGGACACUGCGCUAUGAAGAAAAUAUUCCUGUUGUCUCCGAAGUGAUUCCUGAUAGGCUCCCGCAGUUCCUAGACAGAGUGCGCUGCAGGGCAGUUCGUCUUUUCCGUCUGCCCGCAGCAAGCCUUGCCACG